AAACACUUCCACUUUCACUCUUUCUCCUCCACCUCGACGAUGUCAGACGGGUGCCUGCCUGCUGUCCUGGGCUCAUGCGCGGUCUUCGGCAGUUCCGGGACAUGGUGUAACUUGUACCUCCGAGGGUGCAGAUGGUGCCCGUCCUGCUGCAGAACGCUCAAUUCGGAGAACUUUGACGAGAACAUCAAGCGCGACAUGGAGCAGACGCGGGACAAGAGGAUCUCAGGCGCUCCCGAGACUCGUCAGCCUCAGGCGACUGAGCCCCUGCUGACGCCGCCUCCGAAGAAGUCAAGCGAUUCAGAGAGCAAGGAGGAGCGUGCUCGCAGCCCUGUCAACGCGUAGCUCGAUUUAGCGGCGUACGUACAUACUCUCGUUUCCUGCAUUUUCAUUCUCUGAGUCCAAAAAGAUGCAGGAUUACCC